UUCAGUUCCUAGAGCGUUUCUUAGGAUUGUAGUACGUAGUACAAAUUUUAACGAAUUAGGUUUGCUCUGAUUUGAGAAACACCAACGGUAGCCUUGGACUUAAGAGUAAGCGUGACCAGAUUAACUACAUAGAGAACAUGGCAUCAAUUUUGUUUAUCUUUUCGAAUACAGCAAAGAAGAUUUAUUAGAGCAGCGAAAAGAAAGGAAUUAUUAUCAUAGCGCAGUCGUUGAAACCGUGCAUUAAAGACAUACACUGCGGAGUUAUGUUUGUUUUUGGAAAAGUCAUCAUUUUGUUUCUGGGUGUUUGGAUGGCCGCGGCACAACAAUCGCAAGGAGACGGACACAACUGUACAGACGAAACGAUAUGCGAGGCUCUUAUCGCUGCUACGCCGUGUCAGUUUCUUAAACUAUCAGAACAACUACGAUGCCCGGUGGCUUGCAACCGAUGCAGCGAUCUUAGUGGUGAAGCUGAAAGAACGACUGGCGCCUCCGUUGUAGACACGACCUCACCACAAAGCAAUGUAACUUCGUUCCCAGAGACAACGUUGCCACCUUCUACUUGUCCUGACGGAUGCGUGGAUGCUGCAGUAAUGCAGAGAUGGUUGGACAACUACAGAAAAUGGCUCGACGAUUAUAAAACAUGGAAAGAACAGUUUAUUAGAUACAAAACUCUGGCAGAUCAAGGAAGAGCAUGCGGUGGUUGAUGGAAUCUUAUCCUUUAACUACCUUGAAUUAUUUUAUUGUUUUUUGAUAGAUUGUAUACACAACACAUAUCUCGAUCAUUUUGCCAACAAAUUCGGUGUCAUUCUUUAAAUGCAUGUAAUAACCUGUUCUAUACAAAAUCAACUCUGUUAGGAGAGUUUUUGCUCUAACUUUCUCAGUACAUUCCCGAUCCGUAAUAGGCUACUAUACACAAAAA